AUGUACGGAAUCCCAUCGCGUAAGAUCAACCUUUCUCCCGUCUAUGAUCACAAGAAGCACACGCAACUGAGCAUCCAGCUAAAUCGCUGGCUGCUGAAACCGAUCGGCGUCUGGCCGAAAUCGGUGAAAACCACAUGUAUAGAAAAAUACGCGUGCGCGUUAAUAAAUGUAAUUUGCACGGGACUGAUCGGUUUCCUCUUUAUUCCCUGCGCCGUCUACAUCGCGCUCGAAGUCGAGGACACGUACAACACCCUGAAACUCUCCGGUCCGCUGAGCUUCUGUCUGAUGGCCAUCGUCAAGUAUUCCUCGUUGAUCUUUCGCGAGAACGACAUUCGCAGAGGCAUCGAACACAUCGAGAGCGACUGGAUGAAUACGCGACAUUACGACGAUCAGAACAUAAUGAUCAGAAACGCAAAGUUCGGCCGACGUCUUGUGGCGAUCUGCGCGUUCUUCAUGUACGGCGGCGCCGUAUUUUAUUACCUCGCUAUGCCGUUCGGCAACGGCACGGUCACAGAGAUUGACCUGAACCUGACGUAUCGGCCGCUGGUGUACCCGGUCGCACGAACGAUCGUGGACGCGCGGCACAGUCCCGUCAGCGAGAUCUUCUUCUGGACGCAGUGUCUAUCGGGUUUCAUCGCGCACUCCAUCACAACCGGCGCUUGCAGCCUGGCCGCCGUGUUCGCGAUGCACGCUUACGGCCGUAUGGAGGUUCUGAUGCGGUGGAUCGAACAUCUGGUAGACGGACGGGAGGAUCUGUACGACACCGUAGAUGAGAGAUUGACGAUGAUCGUGCAGCAACACGUGAGAAUUUUACGUUUUAUAGAAUUAACAGAUAGAGUGCUGCGUGAAAUAUCUAUGGUGGAAAUUGUGGGAUGUACGUUAAACAUGUGUUUUCUCGGAUAUUAUACUAUCACGGAAUGGGAGAGCAAAGAGCCUGCGAGUUACAUAACUUACACUGUUCUGCUUAUAUCCCUCACAUUCAAUAUUUUCAUAUUUUGUUAUAUUGGUGAGCUUGUCGCCGAGCAGUGCAGAAAAAUCGGCGACGUAUCGUACUUGAUCGACUGGCAUCGUCUACCAGAAAGAAAAGGUCUCGCUCUCAUACUGAUGAUCGCCAUGUCUAAUUCGUCGGUCAAAUUAACGGCAGGAAAUCUCUUCGAGCUGUCUCUCGGCACUUUCGGCGACGUUGUCAAAACGUCGGUCGCCUAUUUGAACAUGUUACGCACAUUAACUUCUUAA